UUCCAAACUCAGCAUAAGAAAGAAAUGGACAUGCUAUGGUUGGUUUGCUUGUUUUAAUCUGUUGGGAACGUCUGUCAUUGCAGCGGUCCUUCAUUUUGUCGCCGAGUUCCGCAUAUUGUCGUUGGGAUGUUCCAGGUUCCAAUUACUCGACUCAAUGCUGUCCUCAGACCGACAGUCCUCGAUGUAAUGAGGUCCAUGUCUUGCAGCCCAUCACCAGCCGUUGUCUCCUUUAUCACCCCUUCAAGCCAUUUUCAUGUGUCUGCUGUACGUAAAGAUAUUGAUCAGGCAGCCAAAUACAUUGGUGCUGGAGCCGCAACUGUUGGGGUUGCUGGAUCUGGUGCAGGUAUUGGGUCCGUAUUCGGGAGUUUGUCACUGGCGUAUUCAAGAAAUCCAAGCCUGAAGGGACAGCUGUUCACCUAUGCUAUCCUUGGUUUUGCAUUGAGAACACUGGGAAAGAAAAUCACGUGAUGAUGAUAAUCAUGAGGAUAUUGAAACACAAACAAAGACAACAAGUGAUAACAAAGUGAUCACUUACUACAGUCAUUAAAUUGCAUAAUCUUUGAUGUAUCCACCAGGGUAUUAUAUAUGUUUACUGUUGAUAACUUGUGUCCGAAACAUGAUUCAGUAAAUAUCUGUAAAUGUGUCCUGUAUCAUGUAAAGAUAGCAUAAAUAUAUGCCAUUUUACAAUCAUCCCCUCCUAGCAUAUAUUUUAUAAUCUUAAAAUACUUGUGACCGAGAAAGUGGUAUUUUGAAUGAAGAAAAAACUUUCCUCCUGGUGAUAAUGAGCGUAUGGUUCUAUGCCAAUCAUAAGAUCCAGAACAUUUCUUUCUCAAUACAAGUAUUCAAACUUGGAUUCAAUGAAUUGAAAAAGUACGGGGAAACUCUUCAGUUGGAUACUCUACAUAUUUGAUUAUACGUACCAUGAUGAAAUCCAGAGAGAUACACGCUUAUCUUUUUUAAGCUGUGACAAAAGGUAAAGCCAAACGAAAUAGCGAAUUCUGAGCAGUAUUAAGAUAUGUGAAAAAGCUAAAAGGGAUGUGAAAACUGAAUGGGAAAUUGCAUUUAUUAGAGUUUAGUUACUGUGAAUAAAAUAGCUGAUAACAACAUAAUAAGGAGUGAGUAGUAGUAAUAAUUGUAUUCUUUAAGUGAAGCAAGCUGGCAAGGAAUGUAGGAAUAAGACAAGAACCUAACUAACUAGUAAAUACCUCCCAACUGACGAGUCCCUUAUCGGACGAAACACGCGUUCUUGAUUACCCUGCCAGUCAUCAAAGUUAACAACACAUUUUACGAAUAUACGAGAUAACUGCUAUUUGCUUCUGCAUACAAAGUGUCAUUUUGCAAACUAGAAUCUGUACUUUUUAAUGGACUAGCCAUUGGGGUGUUCUAAAUCUUGCUGCCUCUCUUUGUAAGUUAUGUAUCUGCUGCCCCAAAAACAUUCAGACUGUUAU